UUCCCAUGUCACGUGACACGGGCUAACAGUUCUUCGGUGCUUCAUUUCCGUGGAUGCUGCGGACGAUACAAAAGCAACUUUGGUUUUGUUUUAUUUUGAAUAUUGGCGAUAUAACCCCACAUAAUUUAUCACACGUUUGAUGUGGAUCUUUGCUCUGUGAAAGCAUCAGCAUGGAAAUGGUAAAGAUAGAGAAAGUCAUAGUUGGAAAUGAAAUGAAGACCUCCUCUGCAGAGAUCAAGUCUGACCCUGUGGUCACGCCGGACUACUAUCCCCACGAGAGUCUGCAGUGUUUUCAAUGCCUGAUUGUCUUCAAAGACCGCAAAGCCAAAGACAGACACUUCAAGAGGAGCCAUCGGGAGGAGUACACACAUCAACUGCAACAGAGUAAUACGCUGUUUAUGUGCUACAAGUGCAAGUGCUCUUUCUCCACUGCUGAAGAGCUCAACCAACACCAGCCUACACACUUUACUGAAGAAAAGCCAUUUGUCUGCUCGCUCUGUCAGAAAAGGUUCUGCACCCUUUCCGAGCUGAACAAACACACGCGAAAGGAUUGCGAUGAGCGGCGGCAUCUGUGCGAGAUCUGUGGCGCCCGCUUCCCCAUGCCUUUUCGUCUCCGCAAGCAUCGCAUCGCAAUGCACCCGGAGAAGGAGGUUUCGCCCGAAGAUGCCGGGACGUGUCAGUGCUUAAAAUGUGGUGUCGUCUUCCAGACGGAAGAAGAGCUAUUUCAGCACCAGCAGGAGUUUGCUAACUGCGAUCUCGGGGAAUCGCGGGGGAAAAAGCGAGCUUGUGAGCCAAAGCCCGAAACCCAAGAGGUGGAGGUUGAUAAGAAGAUCAAGAAAGAAGAGGAUGCAAAUGGAUACGAUGGACACAGUGACUCAACUCCGGGAGCUUCCUCUGUGGAGUUUAAGAUUCCCUGUCCUGAGGAAGAUUGUGAUUGCAUGUUUCCUUCAGUUGAAGCCUUGCGUGCGCACAAAAAAGACCGGCAUGGCUCUCGUCCUCCCAAAGCUCCCGGCUCUGAAUACACUUGCCUUACCUGUGGGGAGAGCUUUGCAAGAGAAAGUACUUUACUGGCUCAUCAAACCUCCCAUAUUAAGAAAGAAGAGGUUGUUGACCAGAGAUGAAGUAGAAAAUUCCUCCGUUGGAUGUUGCAUCAUCAUGUCAUUCAUGUUCCCAGAGAAUAUAUUGUAGUGUGAUAUUUUAGAUUGAGUUUAUGAAGCAAAGUUAUGCAAAAUAUUGCAGAUUGUUUCAGGAACAUUGUCUAUUUUUCCUUCUAAUGAAAUACCAUGAAAAACGGCUCACCUCAUGUGUAAAUAACCAUGGUUAAUUUUUCCGAUGUGAACUUUAGGGAAAAAAAAAAAUCAUGUAAAAAUGCCCUUUUUUUCCCCUUUUUUUUCCUCAUCGUGCCUCCGAUUUAUCCUAAACAUGUAAUAUUGAUAGUGAAGUAGCUGAGUUAUUCCUCAUUUGGGUUGUGGGAAUAUUUUGUAUUUAACUUGAAAGUAUUUUAUUUUAAGCAAAAAGUGUAAAUGUGACACUAGCACAGUGCAUCAUAUUACAAGCAAAAUAAAAUAUGAUUGAAAAAACUGCUCAGUUUACAGGAUUGCACCAUAA